AUGGGCAACGACGGUGGCAGUAUUCCCACGAGACGCGAGCUGGUCAAAGAAGCCGCCCGCGACCCCACCACCACCGAGAUCAAGCAAUCGCAACACGAACGACAAGAAUAUGGCUGGUCUACCGAUCCUAUCUCCCGCAAACCCCUCUCACCGCCCAUCGUAUCCGAUUCGAAUGGCAAAUUGUAUAACAAAGAAUCCAUCAUCGAGUAUCUACUGCCCUCCGACGAUGUCACCACCACAAAGGCCGACGCCGACACUGUCCUUCAAGGUUCAGUCAAGAGUCUAAAAGACGUUGUAGAAGUCAAGUUUGAUGUCGACACAAACGCUGGAAAAGUUGCGAAAAACGCCUGGAAGUGUCCCGUAACCGGCGACCGUCUCGGCCCUGGCGAAAAGGCCGUCUACCUUGUUCCCUGUGGCCACGCCUUCUCUGCCACUGCCAUCAAAGAAGUCUCCGGAGAGCGUUGCGUCACUUGCGAUCAAGAGUAUGCCUCCAAUGACAUUAUCCCCAUCUUGCCCACCACUCCCGAAGACAUUGCUCGCCUAAGUCUACGCGUCAAGACUUUGAAGGAAAAGGGUCUUGCCCAUUCUUUAAAGAAAGCUGCAAAAGAAUCAAAGAAGCGCAAGAAGCGUGAAGAGGCCGACGAGGCUCCUGCUCUGGUACCCGUUACCGACAAGAAAGAUGCCAAUAACAUCAACAACUCUUCAACUGCUGCUCUGACAGCCAAGGUCCUUCAAGAGCAGGAAGCCAAGAAAAGAAGAACUCAGAAUGACAACCUCAAGACGCUGUUCUCGUCCAGAGAUCAGAGCAAGCCACUAGGCAAGAGCGCAGACUUCAUGACAAGAGGCUAUGAUAUCCCGGCAGGCGCAAAGAGGUGA